AUGGCUAAUCAGAAAGAGGAAAUGUCAAUGCGACCACCAGCAUGGAUGCUGAAAGCGGCACGAAAUGCUGUGGAAGUAUCAGGUGUCAACUCAGAAGAAGCAUUCGCUGCUAGGAUCCUUGACGUAGGGAAGCAGGCAGAAGCGGGUAGCAAGCAGCACCAAGAAACCAUAAGCUUGUUAGCAAACAAGAUGAAGGAGUUGAAUCCGAAGCCAGUAUUGAAAUCUUCGGAUAGCGCUGCUCCCACCGUGGCCACUUCUAGAAAGAUCAUACAAGCGCCAGACAAGAACAAGCGAAAGGAGGCAGUAAAAACUGUAGACAAAAAACAGAGUAAGAAAAUAAGGUUUCUUACUGAGCAGGUGGAGGAUGGCUCGUCACUGAAAGACACGGCACGCCAACCACAAAAGGGGGCAUUGACUACAGCAGUAAACAAUGCAAAUCCCAAGGAGACCAUUCCUGCACCGUUAAAAUCCUUGCGAACUCUCCAAUGCAAGUUGGAUCAAUAUACCGUACACCAGGACCUACCAGAAUGGUACACCUCCAUCUCCACUGACAGCAUACACAUGAAGAACCUGUCCAAACGGCGGCCCCCUGCGCUCACAGCCCUAGACGCCCUCAAAUACCUCGCCCGCCAGUGCGAAGACGCCCCCAAAAGGAACCGAUCCAGCGAUCUCCCAAAUCUCUACAACAAACUCCGCGAUCUCAUCCACAAAGCCGAGAUCACUCUCCCCGUAACCCCCUACAUACUCCGCAAAACGCACAUGCUUUCCCCUCAAAAUGGCCUCCCCCGAAUCUUCCGCGCAGAGACAAACUUCCCUCCAGACAUCAAAGCAGACAGCUACCAACUCUACAAGCGCUGGUACGCCGGCAACCUAACCCAAGACCUCCUCCGCGGCAUACUUACCAAAAAAUCCACAAACCGCUCCUCCGACUCCAUCUGCCCCGUCUACCGCUCCACAUACCCCGUGACCGCCAAAUACAUCGGCCAAGGCCACCUCGUGCCCGGCCAAUGGUGGCCAACUCAACUCUGCGCCGUGCGCGACGGCGCCCACGGCCACCCGCAAGGCGGCAUCUUCGGCGGCAAGACCCACGGCACCUACUCCAUCGUACUGUCCAGCGGAACCGGAUACUCCGACCUCGACGACGGCAACCUGAUUCACUAUUUCGGCACCGAAAACAACGACAACGCCGGCUCCAUCUCCGAGAAUACCAAACACUUGCUUACAUCGAUGCAGACGCGGGAUCCGGUGCGCGUGCUGAGAUCGAGUCAGUUGGCCAAGGGGAAUAAGUAUCGUCCGCAGAGGGGGAUUAGGUAUGAUGGGUUGUAUACGGUUGUGGCGUAUGAGGUUUUGGAUGAGAAGAAGGGCGUGCUGAGGUUUCGGCUCGAGAGGUGUGAGGGGCAGGAGGGGAUUAGGUGGGAGGGCGAGGCCAGGAGGCCGACGGUGUAUGAAGUUCGGGAGUAUGAGCGGUUGAAGGAGGAGGGGGCGUGGGUUGCGUGUGUUGAGAAAUGA